AUGGUGAGUGUUCAUCCGCCCAAAAAGGACACCAAGUCUUCGGCGAAACAGCCCCAGAAGACCCAAAAGAAGAAGGAGGGUUCCAGCGGUGGCAAAGCUAAAAAGAAGAAGUGGUCCAAAGGAAAAGUUCGUGACAAGCUCAACAACCAAGUGUUGUUUGACAAGCCUACAUAUGAUAAGCUAUACAAGGAGGUGCCACAGUACAAGUUGAUCACACCUGCUGUUGUCUCUGAAAGGUUGAAGGUCCGUGGAUCCCUUGCGAGGAGAGCACUCAUUGAACUUAGAGAUAAAGGAUUAAUCAAACAGGUAGUCCAACAUCACGGCCAGGUGAUAUACACAAGAGCAACCAAGGGUGACGAUCCUGCUGCAUAAAAUUAUGUUUAAGUUAUAAAAUAAAACAAAAAUACCAAA